CGCGCCCACAUUUUUCAUCGAAGCAAAAUCGAUAUCGCAAUUUGUAACUUAGAGAAACGAUCCAAUUCAAUUUUGGAGCUUCAAAAGUCUUAAAUUCAAUUAACAGACAGAUAGAGUGAUGUUGGGAAGAAGGUUCUUCUUCAGAAAAUCUUCAGCAUCACAACUUCCAAGUAUUACAAGGCCAUUAGAUGAAGAAAAGAGCAGUUCAUUUGGUCGAAAAGCAGUUUCUUUUUUGUUAAUUACUGUUACUGGAGGUGUUGCUUUGAGUGCUCUUGAUGACCUUGCCAUAUACCGAGGCUGCAGCAGCAAGGCCAUGGAGAAAGCCAGUAAGAAUCAGGCAAUCAAAGAUGCUAUUGGAGAACCAGUUGUUAAAGGUCCAUGGUAUAAUGCAUCUCUUGCAGUAGCUCACAAAAGGCAGUCUGUAUCUUGCACAUUUCCUGUCUCUGGUCCACAUGGCAAUGGAGUCUUCCAAUUGAAAGCAGUUCGUAAUGGAGAUGACAACUGGUUUUCAUAUUUCCUUCCCCGUGACUGGGAAAUCCUAAUCAUGGAAGCUUUCCUUCAUAUUCCUGGUAAUGAAGAGAAGCAGCAAACACUACGCAUUAGUGUAUCUGACAACCACCCACCUUCAGAUUGCACGGCAUGCACCACAUGUCCACAGGAAUCCCAAAAGCCAGAGAACAAAUGAUAAGUUGCAUACUGUUUCUAUAGAAUGCAGAACCAUUCACGGUGUUCAUUUUCUGUUUCAUACAAGUCUACAUUCUUCCAGAAGUAGGAUGAUGUGCUUAUUUACAGCAUGCAAUUUGGUACAUUAAUUUAGGCCCUUUGUCCGGGAAUUGCAGAGAGUAUAAGAUUAAGAACUGAGAAGGUAGGAAAUCCUACUCCAAAUCCAGAAAAUACCCGGCUUUCUAUAGAGAAUUUAGUUUCCAGAAUAAGAAUUCCUCCUCUCAAAGCAGAUCUGAAUUCCGGAAUCAGAGUUCAGAAUGCAAUCUAUCACUGUUAAACAAGAAAUGAAAUAAUUGAUGUUUACAGGUUUAGAAAAAAGAAAAAAGAAAUAAUUGCUUUUGUGUUUGUCCCAAGGAAGUGUUCCCUUUAACUUAAACCUUAUGAAUUGUUUUGGGUCCAACCACUGUUAUUAAGCCAAGCUGAACAUCUUGAUGAUGCAACAGAAGGGGACCUCUCUCUUUACAA